UCAGCCCUCUAACCUUUCAUGGCGGAGGGAAAUCUAUGGUACUUGCAACGGCAUGCCCUUUUAGCCUCUCAUGGCGGGACAAGGGACGAUGGUGCUGAGCAGCUUCCACUGCGCUUUUCCAGAUUGUUCUCCUGCAUAGAAACCUGUAGAUUCAAGAAUCCGUAACUUGGCAUAAUGCAUUUCCAGGAAUCAGGAGCUAGCGUUGAAAACGCUUCCAUAGGAAUCUCCAGGAAAGAGAGUGGUAGACGGCGGAAGCACGAAGAGCUGACGCCGUUCCACUGCUGUUCUUCCAGGAACAGAGAGAAGGACGAGAAAUGUCCUGCAUUUCCUGGUGUUUGUUUCUCUCGUUUUCUUUGCUUUCUGAAUAAAAAACGUUGGUUAGGGUUUUUAGAAUUGUCCAAGAGAGCCUGUGAAAGAAAUAUAUAUGGAAAAUGGUGGGCAAGUCCUCCAAUCAUGCUGCUGGAGGGUAUCGCAAAAGAGGUGUUGGUAUGACAUCUUUGAAACUACAGGGACAGCUUCCUUCAACAUACAAAUUUCAUUUAAUUGCAAGUAAGCAAUGUUGCAGCCACGUGCAGUUUCCAAUAAAAUCAAUAAAAAAGUAUCCUAUAUUGCUUGCCAAGUUACCUGAGGAAGAUGAUCCUGAAUGCAAUAGUUGGAAGAUGUAUGCAUUCCAUGAUACCCUAAAUGCCGUUAAUCGGACCUUGGCAAUGAAUCUAAAUGAAGGAAAUGCUUAUGCUCAACCUGAUAAAUCAGGUCGUGGAUCAGUUGAAGUUUCAGAAUUGAUUCCUUCUUAUGGGCAUUGUCUUCCUGAACUCCCAACAAAUCGUUUACUUAGCCUUCUUGAGAAGUUGAAAGCUGUGCAUCUGCAUUUAUUAGCUGCAGAACAUUGGAAUGCUUCUCAUCUCAGGCUAUGCCACAGAAAUUAUGUCGUCAGUGCAACAAACUUGACCCAUUACUUGGCCUUAAAAUGUCUUCACCUCCAGCAACUUCAAGAAGAUCUCUCUUCCAUUGGCCUUCUAACCCUGGAAUUUAUAAACUCCCAUGUUCUUGCAAGUAUUGGUACAAGCAUUCAGCUACUGCAUCACCUGUUAUCAAAUUCUCUUGAAAGCAAAGAUUCUGCAACCUAUCUGGAUAGGAAUGGUUAUAGUCCUACAGAGAGAAGUGAAAAUGCGGUAAACUUCGCCAUUAGUACCAUGAAGAAAAGGGUAUCCGUUCAUAAUACAGCAUUGUUUGGCGAAUGCCUCGAUAAGCGAACAGGACAAAUCAUGGUUACCAUUGGAAAAGAAGUUGUAAAAGAUGAAAUACUUGUAAAGAAUCUUCUCAAAGCUGGAACAAACGUAAUUCGCAUCAACUGUGCGCAUGAUGACCCGAAUGUGUGGAGAGAGAUUAUUAGAAUAGUGAAACACAACUCCCACUUGUUGGAAAAGCCAUGCCGUAUUCUCAUGGACCUUGCUGGGCCAAAGCUCAGAACUGUCUUAUUGAGAACACAUUCAAAUAUGGUUAAACUGUCCCCAAAGAAGGAUUCUUCUGGUAAUGUGGUCUUCCCAGCUCAGGUUUGGUUGUGCUUUGAUGGAAGUAAUCCUCCUGCUGGUCUAUCUACGAAUGCAAUUAUUUGGAUACAGAAGAGCUUUUUCAAUAAGCUCAAAAUGGGUGAUUAUGUGAGCUUCGUUGAUGUUAGAGGUAGAAAGCGGGUGUUAAAAGUUUUGAAGAAGUCUAUUCUGUCUACUGAGUAUGGUUGCAUUGCAGAGUGUUUGCAAACUGCAUAUAUAAAAGUGGACACAGAAUUGUCUGUAAAGAAAAAGAAAGGAGAAUUUGUUGGAAGGGUAAUAAAGGUUCUAGCUAAUCAACAUUUUGUUAGAUUAAAAGUAGGAGAUCUGCUUACUAUUUUUAGAAGCUCUUCCUCUUAUCUCAAUGAAUUGAGUAGCACAACAUUGGGUUCAACGAAGAUAACUUGUUCUUCUGAUCAUAUUUUCGAAUCUGUCGAACAAGGUGAGCCCAUUUUAUUCGAUGAUGGAAAGAUUUUGGGGAAGGUACGCGAAGUGAACGCUAAUUGGGCAACUGUUGUGGUAACUCACGCUAGACCCAAGGGUUCUAAGCUUGGGUCAGGCAAAUCCAUCAACAUUCCCAAGAGCAGGGUGCAGCUUAAAGGCCUGACUCCGAAAGAUCUCCUCGACCUCGACUUUGUUGGCUCUAACGCCGACAUGGUAGGCAUUUCAUUCAUUCGAAAUGUCGAUGACAUAGUUAUUGUUCAACAUGAGUUAGAGAAAAGAAAUCUAACAAAAUUGGGGAUUGUACUGAAGAUUGAAACCAAGGAUAGUUUGCAGAGGCUACCUUCAUUGUUAUUUCAAGCAAUGCAAACCUCAAAUCCUCUUGGAGUAAUGAUUGCUAGAGGUGACCUUAUGGUAGAAUGUGGAUGGGAUCAGUUGGGUGAAAUCCAAGAGGAGAUCUUGUCCAUCUGCAGUGCUGCACACAUUCCUGUAAUCUGGGCAACCCAGGUUCUUGAAUCCUUAGUCAAAUUUGGCUUUCCUACUCGAGCUGAAAUCACGGAUGUCUUCAAAGCUAUGGGGGCAAGCUGUAUUAUGUUGAACAAAGGAGACAAUAUUGUGCAAGCUGUUACAGCUUUGAAUUCUCUUCUGAGCAAUAGAUCUAGUAGUGAACGAUGAUACUGAAUCCAUCGUUCCACUUGCAUAGACUCGUUGGAUAAGAAGGCCUUAGAGUUGCCUUUGCAAGAUCAAUUUUUCCACUAUCCUAUAUUAAGUUCAUCAGUGUGUGUAUAUAGAGUAGUUUUAGAUGUCAGUAAUAUUAACCUAUAUGGUUCUUCCUGAACCGAUUUUGUAUUGUUUAGGUUUUUGCAGUUACCGAAGAAUUCAAUACCUAAAGAAGCUAGUAAAAUUCAAAUUGG